UCGCCGCCGCCGCCGCCGUCCUCUCCCGGCGGGCCGCUGCACCACUUCCACAGCCCCCACUUCCGCCGCGACCGGCCCGAUCUCCUGGUCCACCUCAAGCGCCUGACCAGCGCCAACAAGGCCAAGCUGGCGGCUGGCUUGGAAGUCACCAGCCGGCCGCCCAACCGCUUCCAGCGCCUCCUCAGCACCUCCCUUCACGGCGGCGGCACCAAUACCGAGGCCCUCCUGGCCCACCAGCACCAACCCCAGGCGACCCCACAGGGGCAGCCCGCGGCUUCCGCCGCCACGGUCGUGGCCAAAAGCAGCGACAGCAAGCCCGGUGAGAGGCGUCAAGAGCCGGCUGGGUUGGCGCCUUUGAGCAUGGGCAGAGAGCCUGCAUCACUGACUCUAGGGCAGUUUCACCGGUCUUUUCGGCGGGACACCUUAUCUCCGUACUCCUACCUGUCACCGUCGCACAACCAAAAUGCUUUCCCAUUGAAAGGAUCAGAUCGGACUCCUCUUCCUCCCAGAACAUGGCCAAACUCCCUUGGGAUGCUCCCAGGGCAGGUGGAGGCAUCUACUUUUUCAGACAAAGGGGUUCCCUUCCCUGUGCUCCAGAGGUUUCCGACAGAGGUCACUUACACUCUGCAGCCCAGCACUACAUCUGUGCACAUACAGCAAGGGCCCCAGACGAUGGCCACCUCUUCUCAGAAGUAUGGCAGCUAUGCAGCUUCGGCACCCUACUCCCAAGCCUACUACCCGACAGCUGUAUUACAGUGCUGCUCUCCACCUACCCAUAUGGAUCCCUUAAGUGGUUGUGCCAGCCCUACAGCCUCAACCUAUACACAUUGCAGCUAUUUCCAGAAUCCACCAAUGCAGUCUUCAUACCCAGUUGAAUUUUUGCCUUCAAAUUGGCCCUGCAACCCUUCUGAUGAAACCAAGAAGACAGAAGUCAACUUGGAGGCCGUCUUCCAGAUUGUGGAUGAGAUGCAUUCCUCUCCCAAACUGGAAAUGGUAAAGGUGGAGCCAGUGGAGAACCAUGGUCCAGCCUCACAGCCCAACCGAGGCCAGCAGUUGCUCAUCAAUCCAGGGAACAGUGAGGCACCUUCCAGUCAAGCCAGCCACCUUGAACCUCUGACUCCUGUCAGCUCUGAUAUUACGUCCUUUGUGGUGGAAUCUGAUCAAGCGAUAGCCUGCUCUCUACCACAGUCUCCAGAGUUUAUUUACACGAUCCACACCACUGAACCUGUGGAGAAUGCUUCUGCACAGAUGAUGCCACAAUGUGCAGCCACCCAGCAGACACAAGUGAAACUGAAGGAACAACUGAACCAAACUUCGGCGCAGUCAUCCAUGGUGUUUGUACAGGAGGAACUUCCCUUCAAUCAGCAGCAGGACAAUCCCAACAUCAAGUGUCAGACAAGCCCAUCAGGAACAGUGGUGUCUUCAGAGCAGAUAGGAUUCCUCAUUUCUGAAGUGGGUCCCCUCAGCAAAUCUGUCAAAGAUUCAGUUUCCUCCGUCCAAAGCAAAGGCAGAGAAAGAAGGAGCAACUCACAGAAGGGCAAAUCUCCUGAUCUACACCUGCUAGUGGAUGUGGCUUGCAAACAAGAGCACUUUCCAAAGGAAGAAGAAUUAAGGGAGUGA